GCCCCCCUCCCUGCGUGUGGUUCAGGUGCUGAAGGUGAUAUUCAGAUUUUCAGAGUGAGUGCUCGUGUGUUGUGCGAUCAGUGCCCGCAGUUCGAUCGAUCCGUGUUGAUCUUUGAAAGAAAGAUGUCGUGCUGCGGAGGAAACUGCGGCUGCGGAUCCGGCUGCCAGUGCGGCAGCGGCUGCGGAGGAUGCAAGAUGUACCCGGAGAUGGCUGAGGAGGUGACCACUACCCAGACUGUCAUCAUGGGUGUUGCACCUUCCAAGGGUCAUGCCGAGGGGUUGGAGGCCGGCGCCGCCGCCGGAGCAGGAGCAGAGAACGGGUGCAAGUGCGGCGACAACUGCACCUGCAACCCCUGCAACUGCGGCAAGUGAAGCAAGCAACCUCCUGACGAAACCAAGGAGAUGGAAGGGCCUAGUACUGCUAAGCUAGUAGUUUGAUCCAGUUACAAGUGAUGAGUUGUUGUCACUGUAACUUUGUGUUUCCUCUGAGUUUGUGAUCUAAGACCUGAGACUGAAGAAAUGCAUCCUAGUUAAAUAAGUGCUAAGAAUAAAGAUGUUUUGAGACAUCUAUGGCGUGUGUACGAUGAUGUAGUCCUUCCUCUCCAGUCUUGUGGUGUGUACGUAAUUAAGAAUGCAGUGCUGUGUCAUGUGGUAUGCUUUCUAUCUAGUGAAACUGAACUAGUGAGUUGGUAUACUAAUUUUGCUUGUUUGCUUGAA